CUUACGUUACGUUACCUUAACCCCUCUAUGUCUAUCUAUCUGCACCUCUCUUCCCCUGGAAUUUCCUUACCUUUCUUACCUCUUUUGUUCCAUUAAUCACCUUUACGUUUUCAGUUUUUUUAUUCUAGACCUAACCCUAGGUUUGAUCUUCAUUCAUCUUAAAUCUUUCUCUGAUCAGGACGUUUUCAAUUCACGAUUUUCGCUGAUAAUAAGCCACAAUCCCCUCGAUCAACCUAUCUGGUUGAGUGAGCUUAAAAAGAUUGCCUCUGCUUCCGAUAUCCGGAGAUUGGAGAAGUUUGUUUUUUUGGCCCAGGCUUCUGUUGGAUAAUUGCUUGAAGACAAUUUGACAACUGCAACGUCAUCUUGAAGAAGAAUCGGAGCAGCUUUUUUAAGAACUAGGUGAGGAUUUCGAUGCAUCUUAAAGGAGAAGGAACUCAAUCUAUUCAUAAAUGUUAUUCAGACUGAAAGCUUCAAACUUUAAGCCCCAUCUUGAAUUGAACCAAAAUAAUCGAGCAAGAUCACAUUGGAAUAACAGAUGCCAGUGAGAUUCAGUUCCAUUACCACAGAGAUAAAAGCCUGAUAAGGAAUUUGCAAUACCAGGAAGACUUUUGUUUAGAAAUCUGUGUCGAAUAAGCUUCUGUGUUUCCUAUAGUUUUGUACUCCACAGGGAUUUCCAAAAAGAGAAGCUAGCUGGACUUUUGGGAGAUAUUAUCACGGCCGAGACUGGCUAGAAUUUUGGAAAUGUCUUUUGCACGGAAUUACCCUCCUCAAAGAGGCAUCUCACAUGAAGAUUGUUGGCCCUCUUCCAAUAGAUACAAUUUCCACAGCCAAAACAGAAGCAGAAACUGGAUAAACAAUCAUGUUAGGAAUCAUAACAAUCAACAUGAUCUUCCUGGGAACUAUAGGGAGCAUGUUAAUCACUCAAAUUUGUCUCAGCCUAGUGGACCUCCUUCUUUCAAAAGGAGAAAGUUUUCAGCUUCUACAUGGGAAGAUACUGGGAAGCAAUAUCUGCUGCCCAGCUUGUAUGAGAUUCCUGUUCCAUCAAAUUGGAACGGUGGAGUCCAUUCUCCAACAAGGUCCAAUGCAGAGGCCUCUACAUCUACCAGCUGUAAAUUUGACUGCUCGAAGGUGGAAGAUGAUGAACCUGUCUUUCUGUCAAGGGAUGAGAUUGAAAGAUACUCUCCGUCUAGGAAAGAUGGUAUUGAUGCUCUGCGUGAAACUUACUUGCGGUAUUCAUACUGUGGCUUCAUUCAGAAUCUUGGUUUGCGUCUUGAGUUGCCACAAACCACUAUUGGCACGGCUAUGGUUAUAUGCCACCGGUUUUUUGUUCGACGAUCACAUGCUUGCCAUGAUAGAUUUUUGAUUGCUACUGCUGCUCUUUUUCUUGCUGCAAAGUCUGAGGAGACUCCACGUCCUUUGAACAAUAUGUUGCGAGCGUCUGCUGAAAUUCUUCAUAAGCAGGACAUUAGUUUCUUGUCCUAUCUGCUACCUGUUGAUUGGUUUGAGCAGUAUCGAGAACGGGUGAUUGAAGCAGAGACUAUGAUAUUGACAACUUUAAACUUUGAACUCAACGUGCAGCAUCCAUAUGCUCCCUUGACAUCUGUUCUUUACAAAUUAGGUCUAGCACAAUCUGUGUUGGUGAAUCUGGCCUUAAACUUGGUCAGUGAAGGGAUCUUCACAAGAAUAGCGUGCUCGCCUGUAUGAUAUUGUUAGCUGCGGAUUGAUAUGCUGUUCAUGGAAAGUUUUACUUUAACAUCUGACAUGAAAUGGCAAAAUUCUGUUAGCCAUUUUUUCUAAAAAAUAUACUUAUAUAUUGCAUCAAGUUGGCCACUUGCCGUGAAAGAUAGCCUCACAACCUACAGAUUUGUCAUUUUGCAUCUCCAUAAUCAUUUUUAAUCCCAUUUUCUUUAUUUGACUUGAGCUUCUUGAAGUUCUAUUGCGCAAUUUUCUAAUCUUUUGACGUUCACCUUCUUAUCCAUCAAUUCGACCAGGAUGAUUAUGUCGAAUAUCAAAAGGGACUUUUCCCCUAGCUCUUUUAAAAUCUGCAUAUUUGUCUUGAUCUAUUUUUUUUGUCAAUAUUUUUUCUGUGCUUUCUGACUUUUCUUUAAAAUUUUAUCCACAUUUCCUUUUGCAAGCUAGUUUCAAAAAGCUUUCUAAAUUUAGUUGAUUUUAAUGAAAUUACCUUUUUCAAGAGCUUUCCUUAUUGUAAGAUUUUAAAAGUUCAAAUAUUAAUUCAUGAGCAAAAUGUUUAUUUGGUUUUCUAUAUCAUUAUUGUUCAUUUUGAGUUUAUGCAUGGUUAGCACAUGGAAAAAUUUCAUAGCAAUAAGUUUUAGGCUGAUUAAAUGCCCAAGAAUUCAUAAGUUUGGUGUGGAAAAUUUGAAGAUGAGAUGCAUUCUGUCAUUACAUCCUCGAGGAUAGAGGAUUUAUAUUCUGUAGAAGGUAAAAGAAACAAAUAGUUGGCUGUGAAAAAGCAUAUCUAGUAAUUACUAUACCCAAUUACAUCUACCGUUGAGGUCGACAUGGCCGCACCACAUGUAAGUAAUGGGUUUGUAUAUCAGAGGGAGGAUAUGGCCCACCACAUUGAAAUAAUGUGUGUGGGCGUCGAGCUAGGCUUAGCUUGAUAUAUGUGGUUUAUCUUCCUCUAUGCCCUUAGUUAUCUAUCUCUCGUGGUCUGCUCUCAAGAAAGGAUAAAAAAGAUCUUGGGCUGGAUGGAUAUUAUUCUUUUUUUCUGCUGGAAUUGCCCAGUUAUUAGACUAGUCAUAAGCUGUGAAUUGGGAGCUAUUGAAAUUUGUUUUUUGCUCUCAUGCUAUAUUACACGGGAUGCAUAGCCCAAGGCUUGAAUUCACUCCUUCAGGUAGGGAGGGGAAGUACUAACCAACCUAACAAAAGGUGAUUUAUCAGAGUUACCAAAAACAGUUGCAUCUAUUCUAUGGUGUGCAUGUUUUUGGAAUUUUCUGUUUCUUUUUUUUUUUAAUUUUUUAAAGUAAGUUUUUGGAAUUUUCUGUUGACAAAUAUGGUCUUUAGGCUUCAAAAUAUUUGUCUUUUGGAGAGAAAAGUGUAUGAUAUAUGAAAAAAAAGCAAUAAGGUGGUGUGACCCGAAUAUAAAAAUGGAAUUUACAGCUCAAUUGUAUAUCAAUUAGGUACCCUCGAAUAACAAUUAAGAGGGUGACCCUUAAAAAAAAAAUGCGAGAUCUUAAACCAAAGCCUGCUAAUUUUGUGAGAAGGAAAAACUAUUUUCUCAUACACUCUUUUAUUUCUCUCUUUUCUAAAUAACCAGUAAGGUAUUCAAGGUUAUUGGAGAAGUAAACUUCUUAUCUGUCCAGUUACACUGCUGAGCCCAGAUCUCAAUAAUUCUGACCCACAAUCACUCAGUUCAACUCAAGGAUCUAAGUUGGCAAUAUUUCUCAGUCCUCUGUCUCUCUCUGUCUCUGUCUCUGUCUCUGUCUCUCUCUCUCUCUCUCUCUCUCUCUCUCUCUCCCUCUCUCUUUUCCUCUCUUCUGGAAAAAUGUGUUAUUUCUGCUUAGUCAGUUUUAUAUCGUUGUUUUUUGAUGUGGCUUACUGGUUUAGGUUGUAAAAUUUACCACUUUCUACUUUAAUACUUGUUCUUUUUUUCAUUUAUUAUGUUUAUACAUAUGUACACACGUGUAUUGAUAAGUGGUACUCUUGUCAACACACUUGGCCAUUGGCAAGUGGUACUUAUUCACCUUCACAAGUUGGAGUUCGGAUGUCCAAGACUGUGAAUCCCUUGGAUUCUAAUGUAAAAAAGGAAAAAAAGUUAGUAUUCACGUUAAGAAAAAAUGUGGAGAAAGUCUUGAGGAUGAAGGAUGAGAUAAUAUGAAAUCAUUAAUCAAAUAAUAUAUCUGGUCUUCAUAUUGCACUCCCAAACUAUUAUCCUUAUUUGUUAGUAGUAUUGAAAAAUAUGCCCAUUGUGAUUAUAAUAAUAGGCAUUAUUAUCUAGUUUAUAGAUUUACAGUGAAAGAAAACCAUUCCAGGGAGGGUGACGUAAACAAAA